UUGUCAUAUUUUAAUGAGCAAAAUUGGUAAGGCUUACGUGGAGGGGUAUUAGUAGAUGCUUUUGUCAGUUGUUCGUUCAUUUUUCUUCAUCCCAAAGGAAACACUGGUCCUCUGCGUUUUUAGUAUUUCACUGUCUGCAUUGUCCUAACAAUUGGAUGUUGACUUUGUUCACGUAUUAAAAUGCACUGUGAUGAGGAAGUACUGGGUUUUUUUUCUUGCCCUUCUCCAUUCUGUGACAUUGUCUGCUAAGAGUCAAUGUAUAGUAAGUAAUGAGCACUAUUAUUACAUUGUAGGAACAGUGAUGGUGAUGAACUUCCACACUAAUAAGGGUUCUCAUUGUUCUUGAACGAGUUGUUCUAGUCCUAGUCCUAUUGUCUAUACCAAGCAGAAACUUGAGGAGUAGAAAAGGGGGAAGGUGGACCACAGAACUGAAGCUUGGUCAGAGGGGUCUACUGCUUGCUGUUUGCAGAACCCUGGAUCCAGAGCUCAAACUUGUCCCUAACAGACAGUGUUGCGUUCCAGUACCAAUGGUGAGAAGAUGAGCUGCUGCUGCAUUUUGGACAAGCUGAAGUUUGGAAUGCUGGGACAUAAAGAACCCGUUAAGAAGGAAAUUACAGUAGUUAAGAGGAGAUGAAGAUCUGUGAAAAUCAUCUGAAGUAGAAUGGAAGCUUCAGUAAUAUUACCCAUUCUGAAGAAAAAAUUGGCUUUUCUUUCAGGAGGGAAGGACAGAAGAAGUGGCCUGAUUCUGACAAUUCCAUUAUGCCUUGAACAGACGAGUAUGGACGAGCUGAGUGUCACACUAGACUACCUGCUAAGUAUCCCAAGUGAGAAGUGUAAAGCUAGAGGAUUUACUGUGAUAGUGGAUGGCAGAAAAUCUCAAUGGAAUGUGGUAAAGACGGUUGUGUUAAUGCUACAGAACGUUGUUCCAGCUGAGGUAUCACUUGUUUGUGUAGUAAAGCCAGAUGAAUUUUGGGAUAAGAAGGUUACCCAUUUCUGUUUUUGGAAAGAGAAAGACAGACUUGGCUUUGAGGUUAUUUUAGUAUCUGCUAACAAGCUUACUCGAUAUAUAGAACCAUGCCAACUAACAGAAGAUUUUGGAGGAACUCUUACCUAUGAUCACAUGGAUUGGUUGAAUAAGAGGCUGGUAUUCGAAAAGUUCACAAAAGAAUCAACAUCCCUACUGGAUGAACUUGCUCUAAUUAACAAUGGAAGUGAUAAAGGAACUCAACAAGAAAAAGAGAGAUCAAUAGAUUUGAACUUCCUUCCAUCGGUUGAUCCUGAGACGGUAUUGCAGACAGGGCAUGAGUUGCUAUCUGAGCUACAACAGCGUCGAUUCAAUGGUUCAGAUGGAGGAGUUUCCUGGUCUCCAAUGGAUGAUGAAUUACUUGCUCAACCACAGGUCAUGAAGUUACUAGACUCGCUUAGAGAGCAAUAUACACGCUACCAGGAAGUUUGCAGACAACGUAGCAAACGUACACAACUAGAGGAGAUUCAGCAGAAGGUAAUGCAGGUAGUCAAUUGGCUUGAAGGACCUGGAUCUGAACAGCUAAGAACCCAGUGGGGAAUAGGUGAUUCAAUUAGAGCUUCACAAGCUUUGCAACAGAAACAUGAAGAGAUUGAGAGUCAGCACAGUGAGUGGUUUGCUGUUUAUGUUGAGCUUAAUCAGCAGAUAGCAGCUCUUUUAAAUGCAGGAGAUGAGGAAGACCUCAUGGAAUUGAAAGCAUUGCAGCAACAGCUGAGUGAUGUGUGUUACCGGCAGGCCAGUCAGCUGGAAUUCAGGCAGAAUCUAUUACAAGCAGCACUUGAAUUCCACAGUGUUGCCCAGGAUUUGUCUCAGCAAUUGGAUGGCUUACUAGGAAUGUUGUGUGUAGAUGUAGCACCGGCAGAUGGAGCAUCAAUUCAACAAACUUUAAAACUACUGGAAGAGAAAUUGAAAAGUGUUGACUUAGGCUUGCAAGGCUUACGUGAGAAAGGUCAAAGUCUUCUUGAUCAGAUAUCUAAUCAGGCAUCCUGGGCCUAUGGAAAAGAUGUGACCAUUGAAAACAAAGAAAAUGUGGACCAUAUCCAAGGAGUAAUGGAAGAUAUGCAGCUUAGAAAACAAAGGUGUGAGGAUAUGGUGGAUGUUCGACGACUGAAGAUGCUUCAGAUGGUACAGUUAUUUAAAUGCGAAGAGGAUGCUGCUCAGGCGGUAGAAUGGUUAAGUGAACUGUUGGAUGCUCUGCUGAAGACACACAUCCGAUUGGGAGAUGAUGCUCAAGAAACAAAAGUUUUACUGGAGAAGCAUCGAAAAUUUGUUGAUGUCGCACAGAGUACUUAUGAUUAUGGGAGACAGUUACUGCAGGCAACUGUUGUCCUGUGCCAGUCCCUGCGAUGCACUUCAAGGUCCUCAGGGGACACACUUCCAAGACUGAACAGAGUGUGGAAACAGUUUACAAUAACCUCUGAAGAAAGAGUGCACCGGCUGGAAACAGCUGUCGCAUUUCACUCAAGUGCUGAAAAGAUUUUGCAAGAAUGUCCAGAGCAGCCUGAAGCUUUUAACGAAAUGGAGCAAUUUGAUGAAAUUGAAGCAGUUGGGAAAUCGCUGUUGGACAGGCUAACGGUGCCUGUAGUUUAUCCCGAUGGGUCUGAGCAGUACUUUGGGAGCCCAAGUGAUAUGGCUUCUGCAGCAGAACACAUUAGAGAGAAGAUGAAGCUAGUCAGCCUGAAAAAGCAGCAGCUGAGACAACCAGAAGCCACUACCCCAGAGAGCUAAUACUGACCCUUGUCUGUGAAUUCAUAAUAGGACUUCAGUUUGUAAUCCAGCAUGUUGUUUGCAUAUUACAGAAUUUGGCAUAAUAUAUUAAAAUGUAUUUCACAGCUGUUAUAAGUCUCAUCUUUUUUCAAAGUAAAUGUCUUCAGCAUCUUAACACUGUACAUCUAUCAAGCCAUAAUUAUUUAACAUGCUAUGAAACCAUAGAUUCCAAGUAUCUUACGAAAAGGAACUGUAAACUUUGCACUGAAAUUCGCUGUAAAGCUUUAUCUGACCUGUCAGCUGCUGCUUAGUUAAACAGCUGAUGCAAGCUUUGAAUGGUGCUAAUGAAAGUGUUAGGAGUUCCAUAUUAUGAAAUUGUAGUUUUUUUGCUUCCCCCUCUGCCCACGUGAUGUAGUAAAUUUAGACUGUAGGUAAAGUUCCUGCAGUGUAGACAGUGGUGACCCUAUAAUUUUAAUUUGAAAUCAUUUUUUUUUUUUUAAAAAAGAUCAUUUUUAUUGUGCCAGUAUGCAACCUGCCCAUCAAAUCUUUGAUAUAUCAAAUUCAUUAAACAGAUGUUUUCCUAUUUGUAUUGAUAAUGUAUUAAAAGCUGUUUGUGCUUAAUAAAAAUCAUCUUUUUAAAAUCU